GAGGUCCAUGUAUGACUUGCGCCAUAAGAGGACAGAUCGUUCUGCCUGAAAACAUCCAGAGAAACUAGGACGGAAUUGUGGUAUCAGUAAAAAAAAAUAAGAGAAAAAAGACCACACAAGCUAAAAGGGAUAUAGGAUAUCUAAGUAAAGAAAAUGACAUAAAAGAACUUUUAUUAUACUAAACAAGUAACCGAUGGACCUAGGUGGAACCUAAAGGAUAAAAGACAAGCAAGGAGGACAAAAGAAACAAACAGGAUAUUGUUUUUUGUUCUUGUUUUUUGGGACUGUUUUUGUAUGAUCUCUCAUGUCCUCCCAGCUGGGCUGACAGCAUAGAGGGACACAGAUCUGUAACCACUGCAGCACUGCAAUGAAGUACAACUACCAUAUUCCAGUGUCAACGUACACACGGCAUUCUCAGUACACACACACCUACCACACACCUAUACAGUAUGCAUCCAGUCACUAUACACCAUCAUACACCUCUGCAUCCAAGUACACCCCAAGCCAGUAUAACAGUGCACAUUAUAUCCCAUCAUACCACACACCCUCCUAUAAGUCUGCAUCAACGUACAUCCCUUCCCGGUACAGCUCAACGCAGCACACCCGAGCACGAGAAAAUCCAGCUCCUGUGAUACCAAUCACACCUGCCAAGAGAACUGUGCACUUUCCUAAUGACAUCAUCUUCCAGGAUGUUGUUAGACGUGGAGAGUUGGAACAAAUUGGUCGAUUCAUCAGAACAAGGAAAGUUCGUGUGGAUACGCUCUUUCACUCAGGUAUGGCAGCGCUACACGAAGCAGUGCUGACAGGAAACCUGGAGGUGGUGAAGCUGCUGGUCAAGUACGGCGCUGAUGUCCAUCAGAGAGACGAGGACGGCUGGACACCUCUUCACAUGGCCUGCAGUGACGGUUUUCCGGAGAUUGCAAGCUAUCUCCUUUCGGUGGGAGCCAGCGCAGACGCAGAAAACGAGAGCGGAGAGAAGCCGACCGACCUCAUUGACCCUGACUGCACAGAGUUGUCCAAACUGUUCGAGGCUGGCUGCAUGUAAUUGGGCACUUCUUAGACACAAAGUGAACCGAAAGAGAUAAAAGCUGACAAAUUGCUUGGAAAAUAUUUUUUUUUUUUCAAAGGGGCUUUAAACGGAACUUGCUACUGAUGACGAUGGGAGUUUGUCAUGUUUCUUUAUAUCUAAAUUGGGUGAUCCCACUAUUCUCCAAUGAGUCACUUUUCUAUUUUUGCCUUUUUGUUCUAAUGUCAGUAUGUGACUGUCAGUAACUCCUUAUUUCCUUUUCUCUUACUAGUGUAACCCAUCAUCUAAAAUGUGUCCCUAAAUGAAAAUAUGGGUUAUAUAUGUGCUGGCGUAAGUAAUUUUGUGAAUUACUUCCAGUGUUAAUACGCUUGCAUUUAAUUUACAACACUGAAUUUGAAAUACUUGUAGACCAUUCACUGGUGGUAAUUCCUGUUAAUCCUUACUGCUGUGCAGAAAGAGGAUGAUAAAAGUUUUAAAUUAACACUUCAAUCAGAAAAAUCUUGAUGAAGUUUCUCUAUUACUGUAAUAUUUCCCUCCCAUAUUCUGGUUUUAUGUUUUUGUCAUCGAGGCUGUGCUGAUGAAAACAAUGUCAGCAGGAAAGUCUUACCAUUUUGCCCUCAAUAAUUAUUUUUGUACAUUUUCAUAAAUAAAGACUCUUUUUAUAAA